AUGAUUCAGGGUGUGAUCCCUGGAAAAAUUGCUCGGGACAGCAACUUAAGGACACUUGACUUCAGUCGGAAUCGAUUUGAAGGGACAUUGCCACGAUCCUUGCUUCAAUGUAAAAGUUUGGAAGUUUUGGAUCUCAGCAACAACAGAACGGAGGAUACGUUCCCUGAUUGGUUGGAAACGCUUCCCAAGCUACAAGUCCUUGUUUUGAGGUCCAACAAGUUCCAUGGCUUUGUGAGGAGUCCUAGAGCAGCUCGCCCAUUUCCUGAAUUGCGCAUUUUUGACCUGUCCAACAACAAUUUCAGCGGUCCGUUACCUGUUAGAUAUAUUAUGAAGCUCACUUGCCAUGAUGAAUCGGGAAAAAGGGUGGGGAAAGCUGCAGUCCAUGGGAGUCUUGGGUUAUCAAGAUUCAGUCAUUGUGACCAUGAAAGGACUAGAGACACGUCUGGCUAUAUUCCUCCAUCUACUGGGAACUUGACCGAUCUUGAAUGGCUAGACCUCUCUUCAAACAAGUUCAUCGGAAGGAUUCCUCAAGAACUAGUGGAUUUGACAUCUCUUGCAUUCUUGAACCUCUUGGAGAAUCGGCUCAUCGGACUUAUUCCCCGAGGACCACAAUUCAACACAUUCAAGAAUGACUUGUUCGCCGAGAAUCCUGGAUUAUGCGGAUUUCCAUUGCCAAAGACAUGCAAGAACAGUUCACGGGAAACUCCAUCAGAAACCAUCAUGCAGGAGAAUGAUACAAAGCAUGGAGGCUGGUUUGAGUGGAGAACCAUAUUGAUGGGUUAUGGGUGUGGAACUGUGGUUGGAAUCACUCUAGGAUAUGUCCUUAUCGAUUCCAAGAAACUCGAAUGGCUUGCGAGAUCGUUUGACAGGAAAGGAGCUAAAAUGAGAAGGAAGUCGAGGAGGAAUGCUCGAAGAUCUUACCAAAGAUGA